CUUCCUUCUGCAGCCACUCUACACAAGUGGACACUCAAAUGCAGCUCAUAUGCUUUAGAUAAAAAAGAAUGUGGAUACUUUAUCUGGACAUAAUGCCACAAACACUGUCUGAGUAAAUAGGAUGCUGAGCCGGACAGAACACAGAGGCGUUUGCAGACUGUUAUCGUCAGUGAUGUCAGGAACUGAGUCUCACACAGACCGGGAGGAGGACUACAGGUUCCUCCACAGCAUGUUAAUGGAGAAGAAGCUUCACCUGCUCUUUAAGAUCCACGAGCGACUAAAGCGUUUUGAGAAGCGAAGCCCCAUCCCCGUCCAAGAGCAAGCAGCGAGUCUGGCUUCAGAAUUGACAGAGGAGCUGAAAUCCAACCACGGAUGGAGAGGUGAAGUCACGGAGUUGGUUACACUCUUCUCCAAACCUCAUAUGAAGAGCCUCCUGUUCGUCCAUGACACUGUGGCUCAGAAAGACUUCGAACCCACUCUGCCGUCGAUACCCGAUGGCGAAAUGGAGGAAGACGAGGACUCUGUCAAGAUUGUCAGUUUGGUGAAAACCAAAGAGCCCUUAGGUGCAACUAUUAAGAAGGAUCAGUCCACGGGGGCUAUUGUAGUGGCGAGGAUCAUGAGGGGAGGGGCCGCCGAUAAGAGCGGCCUGAUCCACGAAGGGGACGAGCUGAAGGAGGUGAACGGCGUCUCCCUGGAGCACAGGAAGCCAAAGGAAAUCCUUCCUCUUCUGGCCCGUACUAAAGGUGAAGUCACGUUCACAAUCAUCCCUGGAUCCUACAGAGAAGAGGCGUCCUCACAUAAGCAGAAGCUGUUUGUGCGGACUCUUUUUGACUACGAUCCCAAUGAGGAUCCCGCCGUCCCGUGCAGGGAUGCGGCGCUAGCCUUCCGAAGGGGCGACGUCCUGCAGAUCCUGAGUAUGGAUGACGACACAUGGUGGCAGGCCUGUCACCUCAGCGACCAAAACACCCGAGCCGGACUCAUCCCCUCACAGCAGCUCCAUGAGAGGAGAGUUGCACUACAGCGACCCAAAGCCCUGUUCAAGCCUCGGAAAGUCAAACUAACAGAUGAGGUGGAAGUCAUGGAGGAUGUAGACUACGGAGCUAUAACUGGGAUCCACGUCGCUGGGUUAAGGAGAAGUUUCAGACUGGGCCGGAAGGGAAGUCAGGCUCGAGAGGCAGCCCGGUCCAGAAGGUGGAGCGCUGGGGUUCACGGCUCCAUCUGCCCCCCCACCUACAUAGAGGUGAUCCCCUACCACAAAGACCCCAGCGACAGGCACCGUUUGGUCGUUAUGGUUGGGCCCAGCGGCGUUGGCGUCAGCGAGCUGAAGAGGAGGCUCCUGAUCGCAGACCCCGACCGCUAUGGCGUCACUGUACCACACACGACACGUGAGAAGCGAAGGCAGGAGAAAGAAGGACUGGAUUAUCAUUUUGUGUCAGUUCACAUGUUUGAGGAGGGCGUUCUCAAUGAUAGGUUUAUAGAAUAUGGGAGGUACAAAGGUCACUACUAUGGAACAAGUCUGGACUCGGUUCACAGAGUGAUGGCUGACGGCAAAGUGUGUCUGCUGAAUGUACACCCCAGUAAAAUAAAGCAUGUGUACACAACUGAAUUCAGACCGUACGUGGUGUUUGUGACGCCGCCGCGCAUCGAGGAGCUUCGCCUCACCAGACGCAGAGCCAAGUUCAUGUGCGACGAAGAGGACAAGAACCCAGUCAGGAUCUUUUCAGAGGAGGAUUUUGAGGACAUGCUCGACUUGGCAGAAUCCAUGGAAAACCAGUAUGGUCACCUGUUUGACAAGGUGCUGGUGAACGGAGACAUCGCCGUGGCGUUCAGGGAGCUGAAAGCUGACCUCCAGAAGAUAGACGAGGCAGACGUCCAGUGGAUUCCUGCGGAGUGGGUCUGCCCGUCGCCAACAAAAGCACGCAGAAGUUGCAGUCAUUUAACAGGCUGGAUUUAAUCCUCGCUGUUGGAUUUAGACCUCAACAUUAACCCAUAAAGACCCAGUGCUACUUUUGUGGCAGUUCCCAAAUGAUUUUUUUCCCUAUAUUUAACCAUUUUUA